AGGAAGGAGAGCACGUUUACCAAACGCGAGGGACACAUCUUUUAAAACAAAGAGUCUGUCACAAAGAUACGCGGUUGAGUCUUCGACGAAAGGAAAAUAUUUCGCAGUGCGUUUGAACGAAUUAAGAAGUUCAAACUUCGAAGUUUGAAUGUCAACAAAGCCAAAAUGGAGCUCGAAAUUUCAGGAGUUAGAAGGCGAUCAACACGACGCCGAGAAGUCUUCAUUGUCGUUCUUUUGGUUGUUCUUUUCUCAGUUGCGGCAUUUCUUAUUGGGUAUUUCGCAAUGAAGGCUGAGGAAAAUACUGUAAUAUGCCGUCCAGGCGAUGGGAGAGAUGGAAAUAGUAAGAAACCGAAGGAAAAGUACCAUGACAUGUUUCAAGAGGAAGUAAAGGCCAAAAAUAUCGAAGAAAAUCUCAGGUUCAUCACGUCAGAGCCCCAUAUGGCUGGAUCGCAGCGUCAACGAGACCUUGCAGAACACAUAGCGGAUAAAUGGAGGAUAUAUGAGUUCGACGAAGUGGAAAUGCCGGAGUACGAAGUGCCACUCUCUCUCCCUCAAGAAGACAAUCCAAACAAAGUAGAGGUUGUCGUCAACGGAACUAAAAAGCUGACAAUUCUGGGAAAAUUAAAGGCAAAACCUGAGCCUAAAGCCAAGAAAGCAUUUGACUAUUUUCCGUAUUUUGCAUACUCACCAAACGGAACUGUAGAGGGUGAACUCGUUUUUAUAAAGGAAGGAUCCGAGGAUGACAUCAAUCUUCUCUUUAAUCGCACUAAUGUGUCUCUAACAAACAAAAUUGUCAUUGUAAGAGGGAUCUACGCACGGACUGACUUGGCAGUCAGCCUCGGCGCUAUUGGAGCACUGGUAUUUCCAGAUGUGCACUCAUCCAGACCAAAUGAUACCUAUCCGUACACGUCAAAAAUCUCUGGCGAUGCUGUGUUUGAGAAACCAGAGGCCGCAAACUUUGGUGACCCACUGACUCCCGGAAUACCCUCUAUUGAAGGAAUGUACCGAGGACCCAAAAAUUUAACGGCCUUCGCAGCAAUACCAACUCAACCAAUCUCUUACAAUGAUGCACUAAAGUUGCUUAGUCACCUUCAAAGCAACGUGGUUCCAGAAGAAUGGCGAAAAGAACUUAACGUCCCUUUUAGGAAUGCCACAGGUCUCAACAGCUCUGACACCAUUGUGCGACUUUCUGUCAAUAACGUGGUAAAAAUAAAAUCCAUCUAUAAUGUGAUAGGAACAGUUUAUGGUCGUGAGGAACCAGACAGAUACGUAUUAAUCGGCAGUCAUCGAGAUGCUUGGUUUUUGGGAGCCGCUGACCCUUCAAGUGGCACCGCAGCUCUAUUGGAAAUAUCGCGCGCUGUCAGCAAGAUGCUUCGAGAAGGAUGGAGGCCUCGACGAACCUUGAAGUUCUGUAGUUGGGGGGCGGAGGAGUUUGGCCUGAUUGGCUCAAUAGAAUGGGUAGAACAAAAUCAGAAGAUUCUAUCCGAUAGAGCCGUUGUUUAUUUGAACACAGACGUGGCCGUUGGUGGUAAUUACGUAUUGGCAACCCAAAAUUGCCCCCUUCUCUCGACAGCCAUAUUUGAUUGGGCUAAGAAAGUCAAAGAUCCCAACGCACAUGGGAAUAAAACAAGCCUGUAUGACAUAAUGGUGGAAAGAAUGCCUUCACCCAACAAUCCCAGCGAGCCCUAUGUUGUACCUUACCUUUUUCUCAGUGAUUACUUCCCUUUUUAUAUGUAUCUGGGGAUACCUUCCGCCGAUUUCAGCUAUUUCUAUGGGCCUGAAAUGGAACUGUACCCUGUCUAUCACACGCAAGAAGACAACUUUUACUGGAUGAAAACAUUCAUCGAUCCUAAAUUUGAGUUUCACGAGGCUGUUACAAAAUUUGAAGGAGGCUUGCUGAUAGAACUGUCAGACAUCUCUAUUUUACCAUUCGAUGUCAAGCGUUACGCAAAUGCCCUACUAGCUGGUUAUAAAGCGCUUCUCACAAAAAUGAAUAACGAAACACUUCCGACUGGGUACAUUAAAAAAGCAGUUGACGACUUCAUGAAAGCCAGCCAAGCUUUCGAACGAUCAAAGUCAAAACUGAACUCGGAUACUGCUGACCCAUUGCAAGUGCGCAUGGUCAAUGAUCAGAUGGUGCAAAUCGAGAAGGCAUUUAUCAGUUCUUCAAUGCUCUCAGAUAUUUUUCUUUCCAGGCAUUUGUUUUUUAGCACAAACUCACCCUUCCCCGGGGUUUUGAAGGCAUUCAAGGAAGGAAGCAUAAAUGAAGUAAAAAUGCAGAUGACACUGGUAGUAGAGGCGAUAUCUUCUGCGGCAAAAAUAUUACAGCCACUUCCGUCUGCCUAAGAAAGCAGAGACAGAGCAUCGUAAUGCGAAAAUUUUAUGGUUGCACGACAAGUUAUCGAUGCUGUUUAAGUUAGACUCUAGCUUUUUUUUUCUCA